UCUCGUUUUUUCCCAAUUCCAAAAUUCGAUUUAAUUCUUCUUUUACUUCGACCAAGUUGGAGGUGCGUGAUAAGCAUCUCACUCGAUUGUCGUAAUUUCUGACGCGCCGCCCCCACCCAUAUCAUUUCAUGCGCAAAUAGAAAAAAAAAACAAUAAAUCAAAAUGCUUCACGGUUACUGUUUGAUAUUGUUACUGUUUCCUUUCAUAGCAUGCCUAUAUGGAAAUGAAAAUGUGGACAAUAUUCUUCCAUACAAUCCGCCAGGAUAUAUGCCUCCGAUGCCUCCAACAGAUCCACCCGGCUACGAUCCUGACAGUACAUUUGACACAACUCCCACCCCAGCACCACCAUCAAACGGUCUUCGUGCCCCGCCAAUGCCAAAAUGGACUCAAGAGAUACCCAAAGAAUCUUCGGGUCAGCAAUUAAAGAUUGAAGAUGUUGUGGUGGGAAACAACAUUGAUAGUCAUGUUGAAGAAGUUAACGGAAGUGGAAGUGGUGACACCGAGGGUUCCGGAUCUGGAGAUAAAAGUGGAACCGAGGAAUCUUUCGACGCUUCAGGUGCUCAGGGAGACAGUUUACCUGACAUUAUGAAAGCAAUGGACAGCGAAGCAGAAGUCCUCGGAGUCAACUGCCCAUCCGAUAUUAUUUUCGUCAUUGAUGCUACAUCUUCCGUCAGAGGGAUUUUCGAGCAGUACAUCACUUAUAUUGAAAAAGUAGUCGAAGGUUUGGAUGUUCAGCCAACUGUUGAUCAUGUUGGAGCAAUUGUGUACAGUAGUGAGAAAAAACAGCGAACAAAGAUAAAGCUUGGAGAGCACAAGGAUAGAGGAUCCCUUGUGAAAGCAGUUGAUGAAUUACCUUUCUUCUCCGGAAUCACUGCGACAGGACAGGCGCUCAAGUUUGCGGCGAACCACACAGAAGGCCGACGAGAAAAUUUUACUUUGAACUAUGUCAUCUUGACCGACGGCUACAGCUAUGACCUCAUUGAAAGCGGGGCUCGUGUUCUUCGAGAGGUCCCAAACUCUGCAAUCUAUGCAGUCAGUAUUGGAGAAAUUUUCUUGAGAAAAGAGCUUGAAAUGAUUACUGGAAAUCCAGACAACGUUCUUACUGGAUCAAUGUCCUACGGAACCCUAGUCAAACGACUCAAACUUUGUGAUGCUCGUAUCAAAGCAGCUACUCUGAAAGACUCAAAUCCAGGUUUGGUACGACCAGGAGAGUUUUUGAGCGACCGUUUCCAACACCGUAGCAGAUUGACUGCAAAUUUAGAGGCUAAGAAACACACUGAAGACUUUGUGAAGACUCCUGAAAAACGAGGCCCCGUCAAGGACUGCAUUUACGAUAUUGGAAUCAUUUUUGAUUCAUCUGGCUCUUUGGAGAAAAACUUCCAGAAACAACUGGCUUUUGCAAAACAGUUAGUUGAACAAAUGCCAAUUUCCGACAACGCGACAAGGGUCGGUAUUGUCCAGUUUGCUGGAAAAACAAAAGUUAGAGUAUUAGCGAACUUCUCCCAGAAUAAAAGCCAACUAAAAACUAUCAUCGACCGAUCUCCAUUCUACUCUGGAACAACGUUUACAAACCAGGCUUUAAAGAAAAUGGCUGCCUUAUAUGAAGAAUCAAAAAGGCCGAAUGCAAAGCUGAAGCUUAUGUUGUUCACUGAUGGAUAUUCUGCAGAAGACACAUCAGAAGGCGAAGAAGCACUUAAAAGCCAAGGCGUUGUUGUGUACACGGUUGGAAUCAGUACAGACAAAUCAGCAGGUUUGAAUAUGAAAGAAUUACGUGGUAUGGCAACUUCAUCGGAACAUUAUUACGAUUCCUCGGACUUUGCAGAUCUGUUAAAACAUUUUCCAUCAUCUCAGUAUUGUUGAUUCAUUUUUUUUGUCUUAAAAUUAUUUUGCUUCAAUCUAUUUCUCAGUGAUUUUUUCAAUCAGGCGAAUGUUUAAAUUCAUAUUUUGAUGUAGAAUUUUGAUUUAUGAUUUUUCAAUCAAUGAAUAUUCUUAAAAUUGAAAAAAAAA